GAAAUACUGUCAUCAAUCGACUACAUCAAUUCUUGAAACCGUUAGUCAACAUUGCAUAAACCUUAAAUAUUUUGAAUGUGAUGCAGAAAUAGGAUCAACGGAUCAACUAAUGUCAAUCCUCAAAUCAUCACCAUUUCUUGAAACGAUAAUCAUUAGAAAUAAGAGAAUUCCAUCGAAUAUAAAUGAUCUAUUACGACAUGUUAAGUUGACCAAAUUACGUUAUUUAGAACUCGAAGGACCAUGGAAAUUUUCACCAGAAUCAUUGGAUGUCUUUCUUAAACGUUCGAAACCACCACUUUAUACCUUUGUGUUGAUUAAUUCCAAAUGCUUUGAAGAUGAUCAUCUUGAGGUUUUAUUAAAACGGUUAAGCGGAACCUUAUACAAGAUUGAUCUUAAAGGAACGCAUAAACGGUUGAGUUUCGACUUAAGAAAACGAACUCGUCAAGUUGUCGAUGAUUUUUAUUAUAAAACCAUGGAUGUUAUAUGA